UGAACUAAUGUGCACUUAAAAUGAAAUAGAUAUAUAUUUGAAAGUUAGUAAACGCAUGAAGGAACGUUUCAGUGAAGUCUAGUGCAGGAACAGAAAACAAACGGUAUGUAUACUUUUAUUAUCAUAAUUUUGUAUGUUAUUAUAUAUAAAACAUAUACCAAUUAAAAAAAUUUUUAUAACUAAUUUGUCCUUUGAAAAAACAGAAAGUUUAUAUACAUAAAUAUUAUAACUUUUUUAUUAUUUAUAUGUGAAAUUAAAAAAAAAUAUUUAGAAAAUGUAAGUAUAUAUAAAUCAAAGAUGUUUUCAACAAGUAAUUGCGUAAUAUUUACCAACAAUGUGUAUGAUAACUAUUACAUUGAAUUUUCAAGUUAGCAACUUUUCUAAGGAAUGAAACGUCACUUGAGACAGCACGCACCAGACUGAGGAACAUUACAACCUGUUGUAUUCUCGCACCUGCGCACCACUCCAUUGUCAUACAAGUCCCUUAACAAAGUAUUGCAUUAUGAGAAAUUAACAUCUGCUAUAUUAUUUCCAUAUACAGAAUCGAUCGUUUACACAACUCUUGCGAAAUAAAGGUAUAAAUGUUUUUCUCUCUUACAACUUUUUUUCAUUCAGUCUACAUUGCAUUUAAGUUAAAUUGGUCAAUUUGUUAAAAAAAAAAUUCAAAUAAAAAAACAAAUUUAUUGAAUAUUCAUCUGACAAAAAAAAAUAAGCAAAUUUAUCUUUUCUGUAUCAGUUUCAUUUUAACGUUCAUGAAGAAAUGAUCUCUAUAGACUGUUUGCAUAUUAGCCUUAAUCGGUUACUAUUGCUCACAAUUGGUCUAUGGCCUUAUCAGCAAUCUAUACUUGUUCGACUUCAUUUCUUUUUAUUUUUUGGAAUUUUAACGACUUUUAUUCUGUUUCAGUUUACAGUAUUAUUUACUUUUAAAUAUACUCUGAAUUUACUCAUCGAGAUCCUUUCCUCUACGUUAUUUUUCGCUGUUUUGGCAAUUAAAUACCUUUCAUUUAAUUUUAAAAUCGAAAUCAUAAAAUGUUUGUUGGAACAAUUGCAACAUAUGUAUAAUGAGCUAAUUGACAAGAACGAAAUUGAUAUUAUAAAAAAACAUGCUAGCUUUGCAAAACGUUAUGCGAUUGCGUUCUUAUUGUUAUUCAUAUUAAUCGCAUUCACUUUAAGUUUAUGCUAUUUUUGGCCGCUUAUUUCUAAUAUUCUGUUCUCUACAAAUGUGUCUCAAUUACGUCCAUUGCCGAUUAUAUAUUUCAUCGAUCAAGAAAAAUACUUCUAUGUGAAAUUAUUCCACUUCUCCGCGGCCUUUAUCAUAGGAUGUACUGCAAUAAUAGCGACAGGAGCAAUGUUAAUAAUUUAUGUAAAGUAUAUUUGCGGAAUGUUUCAAAUAGCCAGUUAUCGAAUAACACGAGUAAUGACAUUUGAAAAUCAAGAAAAUAAAAACCUGCAAAACGAGAAUUUGAUUUGUAAGAAAAUAAUUCGUGCCGUGGAUAUGCAGCGCAAAGCUAUGCAAUUUUGCAACACGUUUACAUCUACAUUUCAUGUAACGUUCUGCAUUAUGAUAGUAGUUGGAAUAACUUGCGAAAGUCUUAAUCUUUUUCUAAUUUGUCAAAUAGUAUCAUUCGAAUAUGAUACUGUAAAACUGACCUUGAACGUAGGAUUUCUUCUCGUACCACUUUUGUACAUGAUAAUAUGCAAUUAUUGUGCGCAAGAAAUGACAGAUUAUAGUAAUGAUAUAUAUGAUGCCGUGUACAGUAUUCAAUGGUACAUGGCUCCAAUAAAAAUACAGAAAAUAAUAUUAUUCUUAUUGCAAAGAAGUACUAAAGUAUUCCAAGUACAAGUUGGUGGAAUAUUUGUAGCGUCACGAGAAGGUGCAGCUACGAUGUUAAGUACUGUAGUAUCAUAUUUCACUGUUCUUUACUCUGUAAAGUAGUUAUGCAAAAUACAUUUAUUAAAAAUAAACCAAAUUAAUGUACAAGGAUAUUAUAAUAAUAAUUAAGACAGUUUUGUCUAUUAUCUUAAAAAAAGCAGAGUUCAAUAGAUUAGACGGGAUAGUAAAGAUUGCAAAAGUAGAAAAAUUACAACAUGUAUAACUAUAGUUUAUAAUAAUAUAUAGAAAAAUAUAUUUCACCAGUAACAGAUUAUUAAUAAUAUUUAUUAUAAAUUAGUCAAUAGUUGACAUAUCAAAAUGUAAAAAAAAACAAACUGUUUGUCACUGCUGUAAAGAAUCAAAAUAAAACUUACGAGUUCACGAGGUACGAAACGAAUAAAUAAAUGCGUUACUAGAAAUUCUCAAAUUCGGCUGCAUGAUUUUUGACAAAUAAUUUACAUGGCUUUUUUUAUGAAAAAUAAGUAUUCGUUCAAUUAGCUUAUAUCAUUCAAUCGAACUAACACAGGUAAAAUUGUUAAAUUGCGCAUGUUUCGCUCUCACAGUGUAAUAUUUCGUUACAUUUUACAUUACGUUAAAUUAAACAAUUUAUGCUAAAAUUUGAGAUAAUAGUUGAAAGAAAACAAAAUUAUAAAAUGUGCAAAUAAUGAAUUAAAAAAAGAAAAUGAGUGAUCUACUCUCUCCGUUGUCAAACGCAUACAUAUGAUUGUGAAGAAAUGAUUUGUACCAAUUCUUUACACAUGAGUCUCAAUAAAUGUUUGUUACUCAUAGUUGGCCUGAGCAAUCUAAAUUUAUUCACCUCUAAAUUUGUUCACAUUUAUCUAGGUUCAUGUACGUUAAUAUAAUUUUAGUUUUAUAAUAGUUUUAUAAUGAUAUUUUUAAGAAUCUUUUACUUUGUUUUAUAAUAGUUUUAAUAUUAAAACUAUUAUAAAAUCAUAGAAAUGUUAUACAUAUAUAUUAUACCCGGAAAAAAACCUCUUGUAUGUUCAUAUUAGAAGUAAUCCUAUGUACGUUUAGGUGCAUUAAUGAGAUUCUUUUCUAAUGUAAAAACUCCAGCAAUUUAACCAAUCAUGUGUUGCCUUAGUGGAUUGUCUUAGUAGAUUCGUCUGAUUGGCUAAGAUUGCUGUAAUUUUUGCACUAGCUACAUAAAAAAAGGACCUCAUUAAUGCACCUCAUUGUACUCAUAUAUGCAUUUUGGCCACAUAAAGCCAUAUAUAAUCAUAUAUGAUUAUACAGUGUAUCAGAAAAUACCGAUCAGAAAUUCACUUAUGCUCUCACAAGAUUCCAGAAUCCAGCAUUCUUAAAUUAAGAAUGUUGGAUUUGAAACCUUAGUUCAGACUUGAUCAGGUCAUCUGGUGAGUAGGGGGCCAGGAUAAGAAGAAGAGGAGUAAGAAAGGACCUUUUAAGGUCGCAUCGUAAAAGUAAGUUGACUCGAAGUGGUUUUUACCUAAAUCAACUUGCACCACAACAAAGGGGCCUCGGCGAUUCUGUCGAGAAAAUAAUCUGGGGUGCACACAACCACUUCACUGAUACAAGAGCCUUGGCUCGGACGUAUCAGUAGCUUGGCAGCAUGCGGGAAAUUGUUUAAGUCUCCGACACCCGAAAAACCCAGAGCCUGCAUGGCGGUGAAGAGCAUGGACGCUCGACUAAUAAUGCAUUUAUGUUUCGGUGUAGUGGCGGUUGAGCUAAAUGUCACCGCUUCUAAAGGCAAGAGAAAGCUGGCGAUGUGCUCUGCAUACUUUCCUCAUGAUGAUGGCCCGCCAAAACCGAUGAUCAAACCGGUAGAGCACUGCCAGGAAAUUCGACUUCCCCUGAUAGUGAGGUGUGAUGCUAAUUCGCACCAUACAGUCUGGCGAAGCACGGAUACCAAUGAUAAAAGUAAGAAACUGUAGAAUUUCUGGCAUCAACAAACCUAGAGAUUCUCAAUAGAGGUAACAAGCUCACCUUUUGCACGGCGGUAAAGAAAGAAGUUCUCGAUCUUAAUAUCUGUUCUAGGUGGAUAUUGAAGCAUGUGGUCAAGUGGAGGAUCUCAAACAAACCCUCAUUAUCUGACCAUAGACAUAUCAUCUUCAAGCUAGCAUGGGCUAGAGGAGAGGUGGUAAAGUUUGGGGACCAAGAGAACCGACUAGAACUCAUAUCGGAACAACCUGGAAUGCAGUCUCAAGAGUUUCCCAAGAAGGCACGGGAUUGAAGAAGAACUGGAGUUCUAUUUGGAUUAUCUGCAAAAGACUCUGAUCGAAAGCUACAAGAGGAACUGCCCGGAGAGGGCGAUUAGAAACUCUAGAAGUAACUCCUGGUGGAACCCCAAACUGCAGGAGCAAGUGCGGCUUGAAGAGCCUGGAAUAGAGCCAGAAACACUGGCCGCCAGUCGGACUGAGAACUUCGUAGAAGAGCUCAGAAAGACUAUAAGAAUUUUGUAGUGAGGGCAAAAAAAAGAAGCUGAGGGAAAUUCUGCGAGUCAGUAAACGGCAUGCCCAAAACUGUAAGCCUAUGCAGAAUUCUAGCUAGAAACCCAAACGCCGUCAUAGACUCGAUCAGUCUCCUUGACGGGACAAUGGUGUCUGGAAAACGUCUGGUGCAUCUGCUAGAGAUCAGCUUUCCGGGCUUUCGUAGAGAGCAUUAAUGGAUAGAUGGGCUACUUAAACAGCUGAGCGAGAGGAGCUUCGUCCUAUAUGGCUACACUGACAACGUGGAUCUGCUGGUACAAAGACCUUUUCUUGGGCCAAUUCUGGAGAGUGCACUAGAAACAAGCGAUAGUGCAGAAGGAUCGGUUUGUCAAUAAAUCCACUGAAAACAGAGCUCGUUGUCUUCACACGCAAAGUGGACACUAUAGAAAGGUUCACUUUUGAGGGGACAAGAUUAGUUCCAGCUGAGUCAGUGAAAUAUCUAGGAGUAAGCUAGGCUGGAUAAGAAGCCGUCUUAAAGGAAAUACCUCGAUAAUCGCUAUAAGAGCCUAUGCUAUUAGUUCUAGAUGUGUAGAAGAAUCUUUGGCCAAACGUGGGGGUUGAAGCCCAAGAUGGUCUAUUGGAUCUACAUAGCAAUACUUCGACCCAGGCUUACUUAUGCAGAGGUUGUAUGGUGGCCUAGGACGCGAAAGAAAACGGCCGUGAUGACGCUGGAGCAUGUCAGAGCUCUGAUCUUAAGAGGGGCCCUGGGUGCAAUGCAAACCACGCCGGUAGCAGCCAUAGGUAUUUUGUUCAGGAUUCAAGAUUUCUGAUUAUAGGACUUCCGGUACCAAGAUUUCUGAUUUUAAAACUUCCGAUUUCGAAAUUUCCAGUUUCAAGACUUCCAAUUUCAAGACUUCCAAUUUCAAGACUUCCAGUUUCAAGACUUCUGGUUUCAAAAUUUACGGUUUCAAGACUUCUGGAUUUAACAGAUCCAAUUAUAGACUAAUAAGAUGCCAAAAAGAACAUAUAAAAUAAAAGAAUUCAAUUCUAGUUUUUUUAAUUUUAUAAACUUUGUUGUUUCAUACAAAAAAAAAUAUUUUAUUACUUAGUUUAAUAAUUUAUUUUAUAGUUAACUUUGUCUCUAGACGUCUUUGAUUUUUGCUAUUAUUGCCUACUGUACCAGUUUUGAAAUCCGAUUUCUCAAACUUUUUUUAGAUUAUGUUAGAUACGAAAACAUUAAUUAUCAUAAAAUACGAAGCAGUAUUGUGAAAACUGUUAUACCUUUUAAGAGAAACCAUUUUCUAAUUUGUUAAUAAAGUUUUAUUUUUAGCUUUUAUUUAAAAAAAUAUUAUCCUAAAACAAAGUGGUAUGCGACUAUUCUUUACUGAUAAGAAGAAAAUUAAAUCUUAAUCUGCGCGGACGUCAAUAAUAGACAAAUUAUCCAUAGAGAAAGAGAGAGAGAGAGAGAGAGAGAGAGAAACAAAGAGACUAAUUAAAGAAACUUGUCUUUCUUAUUUCAUGUCUAAAAUGUGUAUAUAUGAAUCUUCUACUCUCAUUUGUACCAGCAAAUGAAUCUCUGUCUGGUCGCACGGUCGUAAAAUAAAUUUUGCUUUCUUUCGUACCUGCACGUAGAAACGAGAGACUACUCUCUUCCGCGAAUAUUUCAAUAUUUAGACGUGAAACUCAUGACGACGUUAUUCGUUAUAAUUUUAUGUAUUGACGUGAAUAGCAAAAUUUAUAAGAGAAACGCA